AGUCACUUUGAAUCGCUCUCUCUGUUGAGCAUGGGCAAUAAAAAUAGUAAAAAGUCGUCAGAAAAGGUGAAAGAUAACGAUAAGAAGUUGAGUAAACAACAUUCGAAAAAGAAGAGAAAGGGGAAAAAAAGUUGGGAUGAAUUAGGUGUUCAAGCUGAUGGGGAUACAAUUGACAGAGAAUUAUCAACAUGGCUGUCGACUUUGGAACUAAAUAAUACCAAUGCGGAAUACAGUGAACUUAAGAGAUACAACACAAUGGGUGAUCUAAACACAGCAGUCGUACCUUUAGAAGAGAUGCAAACAAGUCAGAGUGUGGGUAACGAAGCUAGAAGUGGAAACAGCAUUGAAAGUAAGAAAAAAGAGAAAAAAGAUGAACCGGAAAAAAAAGGAACGAAAAAAGAAGAGAAAAAAGAAGUCAAAAAUAUUUCUAGGUCAUCUUCUAAGACUAGCAUAUCUGUGGUGGCUGUUGCUACCCCUAUAAGGACAGUUGAGAAAGUAGAAAUUGAAAAGAAAGAAGAAACUAUUGAAAUUGAGAUGAUUCCUCCACCAAAGCAGAUUACUAUCGAAGAAAGGGAGAGAUCAAGAUCAGAUUCUUCUAGCUCUUCAUCUUCAGAAGAUGAAGCUCCAAAGUCUAAAGAUAAAGUACAGAACCACUCAACUACAGGAGUAACAACAAUAGAGAAAUCUGAUGAUCACGUGUAUCAUGCAAUAGCUGUUAUACCGGUUGGUUCACAAAAUAUCGAGGUGGCUGACUGUGCCACCGAUACAGCAACUGCAGAUUUCAGUGUUCAGACGGAAUUGCGUAGAAGUAUUCGUAAAAGUGGAUUAGACAGGCGCCACGUCGCCAUAAUGUGCAAAAUGGAUGAAAAAGAUGACUUUACUCCCUUCUCCGUGGAAGAGACGAUAAAUAACCAUGUUAUCAUCUACACAGUUGUAGAAGAUCAAGUCACAAAUCCUCUAGCAGAUAAUUGCAGAAUCCCUUAUGAAUCAGAAAAAGAGGCUAUUGAAAGCACAUCAAAAAUUUGGGAUCAUUUCGCUCCACAGGAUGAUCAAGAUUCAAAUUAUUGUUCUAUUGACAAAAUAUCGACUUCUUCUUCAAAAGAAACUGAUGAAAAAAUUACAGAGUUAUCAGCGGAUGAUGAACCCAUAGAAAGGUUUCAAUUUACGUCUGAAGAUCUGCCUCUAAGGAAAAUGUCUACACCUUCGGACUCUCAAUCAUCUUCCUCGUCAUCCUCCUCAAGUUCUUCAUCUUCUUCGUCUAGCAGUUCGUCGGCAACCCUCGAAUGUGAAGUUGGUUUUCUAAGACCUCAUCUGGUGGAAAUGGAACACUUAGAGUUUAUAUUGAUAAAACCUGUUGUUGAAUCUGUUUUAGAACCGGUAAAGAUUGUCGGAAGAAAUAUUUAG